AUGGCCAAAUCAGUUAGCCAGAAAAAAGCCAAGCAGGCGAAGAAGGAGGAGCCAAAGGUUCAGGAAGAAGAAAAGAUACAACUACAAGAAUCUGCUGAUUCUCUGAGUGAAGAGCAGUUGUCCAGUGAUGAAGAAGAAGUUGAUAUCGAAGGUCUCGAAGUCCCUCCUCCAGGUGCCAAAGAUACACAGAAGCUCGGUGGCCAUGUGGUGAACUUUGAAACGUCAGAGAAGAGUAAACCACAUAUUAGCACCAAGAAGAGAGGAGUUAUUUACAUUGGUCGUCUCCCUCAGCAUUUCCAGGAGAAGGAAGCCAAGAAGUACUUCAGACAGUUUGGAGACAUCACCAAAUUGAGAAUCGCUAGAAACAAGACUACUGGUCGCAUGAAGCAUUACGGUUUUAUCGAAUUCAAGGAUGAGGAGGCUGCUAAGGUGGCUGCCGAGACCAUGAACAACUACCUUAUCAUGGGCCACAUGAUGAAGGUUCACGUUGUCGCUAACCCAAGAGAUGACCUUUUCCCAGCCAAGUUGAAGAGCACUUUCACCGAAUUUGACUGGAGAGCCAAGGAUUACGCUGCAUACCACGCAAAGAAGACUUUGGCUGAAUGGGAGAAGAAGCAGGCCGAGUUCGAGGCCCUGAAGCAGGCUAAGUUUGACGAGUUGAAGGAACUCGGGUUCAACUACUCGCUUGAAGCAUAA